UUGUUAUGGUGAAAUAUAAACCGUUUGGAAAUGCGGGGAUAAAAACGGUCCUGUGUUGUUUUCAGUCGGUUGUGGCGCACAGGUGUGCUUUCUUGCAGCUGGAAGCACGAAUGAUAUCGUGGCACAGCAAUCACGACGCGUUGGCGUCGCAGAUGCAGAGUUUGCGAUCCAGGCUCUGCUCAUUUCCACCCUCAGUCUAUACAGCGGUAUUUGUGUUAUAGCGACGUUUCUGAUAAUAUAGGCAGCGGGCCUAUAUUAUGUGCCUGGACCGGAUAGCUUUUAAUCAGACAGAAAGAAAUAAACACCACCCCUUAUCCCCCGCCCUCCACCUUUCUUAGGGCGUGUCGCACAUCCCGGACUGGAACACGUUAAACUGCCCCAAGCACUUUCUGUUACUUUCUGAGUAUGUGGAGAAUGUCUGCCGGCAGCUCGAGAAUGUACCCUCUGGACGGUGGUUACACCGAUAACAUGGAGCGGGGAACACCACAAAGGAAGACCGUUUACCGGAUCUCCCUCACGCUGGUGAAAAAGGAGAGCUUGCAGGAAUUGGAUAGGGCCAGCAACAACACGGCGCAUCGGCGCCUCGAGAACCCCAUAGUGGGCGCUUUCCGGCAUGAGGCCACCCCGGAGAUCCAGAAGAGCUGCCUGCUGGAGGAGCUCAAGGAGGUGGAGGACGAGACGGACGAGUUUUCCUCGCGAAACUACAUGAGAAAUUUCAGGACGUUUAGCACCGGACAGCUGGAACUAGGGAGGCUCAAAAUAUCCAAAAAGACUCACCACAUCCGCAAAGACUUGUCAUUUGAAUUGAAGGACACCUGCGCAGGUGAUUCGACGGGACAGUGCGGGAGUGAGGAAGAUCGCGACUCGGGACAGCAUGUGAACAUAGUGGGCUCCGUACCACAGAGUAAAAGAAACGCACAGGGUAACAGAGACGUCGAGAGGCUGAAAAGGGAUAUUUGCCCCGCUGGGAUGCAGGAAGCACAGAAAACCACUGCUACCAGAGAGGGAAACACUGGCACUAAAGAGAAAAGGGAUGACACAGUUUCAGGAAGCACUAAAGACUACAGUACUGUAUGUACGGGUGAGACUCUCACAGAGAGGGAGAGCAGGGACUCUCAGAAGGAGACACAGAGGGAAAACGGCCCCUGUCCCGCCGCGGGGGGCUCCCCAUCGCUCGCCCCGAAAGGGAGCGGCGACAGCAGAUCAGGUAAGCCCGUACCCGAGACCCCGCCUCUCAAGCGGCACCCCAGCGUGCUCCGGAGGAGCUUCAGCUUCCGGCACUGGACGGGCGGGGAGCUGCUGCGCAUCCGGGCCCUGUCCAAGGAGAAGCACCACAGCAGCUCUAGCUGCAUCGGCCAGGGCGCCGAGCCCAAGGGCCCCGCGCUGGACGGGAGCGGGAGCCCGCCGGGCGCCGGCGAGGCGCUGAGGGAGCGGGAGCUGAGCCGGGCGGAGCGGGCCAAGGGCCGGAACCGGACCCUGGACAACAGCGACCUGCACAAGAUCUCGGAGAAGACCCUGGAGGAGCAGGAGCGGCUCCUGAGGGGCGGGCCCCGCUCGGGGCUGCACGAGGGCCGGCUGCUGCGCUUCUUCAGCGGGAUCUUCUCCCGGAGGGACGCCACCUCCACGCCCGUCUCCCACCCCAACUGCUCCCUCCGCCAGGGCAGCGCCAAGCGGGGGCUGCUGGGCUCCCAGAAGCGGGGCAUCCUGGGCGGCUCCCAGUCCAGCACGGAGAGCAUGAACCGAUGUCCGCUCGAGGAUGCCUUCGUGAACAGCCAGGAAUGGACCAUGAGUCGCUCGGUACCCGAGCUCAAAGUGGGGAUUGUGGGUAACCUGGCCAGCGGGAAGUCGGCAUUAGUGCACAGGUACCUGACCGGUACCUAUGUGCAAGAAGAGUCCCCAGAGGCUGACGUGGAUGCAGGAGGACGCUUCAAGAAGGAGAUCGUCGUGGACGGCCAGAGCUACCUCCUGCUCAUCAGGGAUGAAGGGGGCCCUCCAGAGGCACAGUUUGCCCUGUGGGUCGACGCGGUCAUCUUCGUGUUCAGCCUGGAGGACGAGAUCAGCUUCCAGACGGUCUACCACUACUACAGCCGCAUGGCGAACUACCGCAACACCGCCGAGGUGCCCCUGGUGCUCGUGGGUACGCAAGACGCCAUCAGCGCCGCCAACCCGCGCGUGAUCGACGACACGCGGGCGCGCAAGCUGUCCAACGACCUGAAGCGCUGCACCUACUACGAGACCUGCGCCACCUACGGGCUGAACGUGGAACGCGUCUUCCAGGACGUGGCCCAGAAGAUUGUGGCGACGCGGAAGAAGCAGCAGCUGUCCAUUGGGCCCUGCAAGUCCCUCCCCAACUCGCCCAGCCACUCCUCCGUUUGCUCCGCCCCCGUCUCCGCCGUGCACAUCAGCCAGACGAGCAACGGAGGGGGCAGCCUGAGUGACUACUCCUCCUCGGUGCCCUCCACCCCCAGCACCAGCCAGAAGGAGCUGCGCAUGGACGUGCCGCAGACCACCAACACCCCCACGCCCGUGCGCAAGCAGUCCAAACGCCGCUCCAACCUCUUCACCUCUCGGAAAGGGAGCGAGCCAGACAAGGAGAAGAAAGGGCUGGAGGGCCGGGCGGACAGCAUCGGGAGCGGGCGCGCUAUCCCAAUUAAACAGGGAAUGCUCCUAAAGCGCAGUGGCAAGUCCCUAAAUAAAGAGUGGAAGAAGAAAUACGUUACCCUGUGCGACAACGGCGUGCUCACCUACCACCCCAGCCUGCACGACUACAUGCAGAACAUCCACGGUAAAGAGGUGGACCUCCUGCGCACCACUGUGAAGGUCCCGGGCAAGCGCCCCCCCCGCGCCGUGUCCACCUGCUCCUCCGUGUCCAGCCCCAAAACCAACGGGCUCGCCAAGGACAUGAGCAACCUGCAGCUGGGCCAGAACCAGGCUGGCUCGGUGACCAGCAGCUCCUCGGCCUCCCAGAUGGCCAGUGGGAUCAGCCUGGUGUCCUUCAACAGCCGGCCCGACGGCAUGCACCAGCGCUCCUACUCCGUGUCCAGCGCUGACCAGUGGAGCGAAGCCACGGUCAUCGCCAACUCCGGCAUCAGCACAGACACAGGUCUUGGGGAGUCUCUGUGCUCCAGCCCCAGUAUCUCUGGCACCACCAGCCCCAAGGUGGACCCCCCACCCUCCCCCCACGCCAACCGCAAGAAGCACCGUCGGAAGAAGAGCACCAGCAACUUCAAGGCAGACGGCAGUUCUGGCACAGCGGAAGCCAAACGUAAAGCGUGGAAACUAAACCGUGUUGGUAGCCUGCGCAGCCUGUACACCAGCAGCACCAACGCCGAAGAGCAAGAGGAGAACUUUGAGUUCAUCAUCGUGUCCCUGACGGGCCAGACGUGGCACUUUGAGGCGACGUCGUAUGAAGAGAGGGACGCCUGGGUGCAGGCCAUCGAGAGCCAGAUCCUGGCCAGCUUACAGUCCUGCGAGAGCAGCAAGAACAAGUCACGGCUCCCCAGCCAGACGGAGGCCAUCGCUCUCCAGUCCAUCAGGAACCUGAGAGGGAACUCCCACUGCGUCGACUGCGUGGCCCAGAAUCCUGAUUGGGCCAGCCUGAACCUGGGCGCCCUGAUCUGCAUCGAGUGCUCGGGGAUCCACCGGAACCUGGGGACGCACCUGUCGCGCGUGCGCUCGCUGGACCUGGACGAGUGGCCCCUGGAGCUCAUCAAGGUCAUGUCCUCCAUCGGCAACGAGCUGGCCAACAGCGUGUGGGAGGCCAACGCCCAAGGCCGCAUCAAGCCAGCGCCUGACAGCAGCAGGGAGGAGCGGGAGCGCUGGAUCCGGGCGAAGUACGAGCAGAAGCUCUUCUUGCCGGGGCUGUCCUGCUCGGAGAUGGCGCUGGGGCAGCAGUUGCUCCGGGCGACGGCGGAAGAGGACCUGCGCGCCGUGGUCCUGCUGCUCGCCCACGGCUCCCGCGACCAGGUCAACGAGACGUGCGGCGAGGGCGACGGCAGAACCGCGCUCCACCUGGCCUGCCGCAAGGGCAACGUGGUCCUCACGCAGCUCCUCAUCUGGUACGGUGUGGACCUGAUGGCCCGGGACGCCCACGGCAACACGGCGCUGGCGUACGCGCGGCAGGCCAGCAGCCAGGACUGCGUGGACGUGCUGCUGCAGUACGGCUGCCCGGACGAGCGCUUCGCGCUCAUGGCCACGCCCAACCUGGCCCGCAAGAACAACAACCGCAACAACAGCUGCAGCAGCACGGGCAGCAGCGUGGGCAGGAUGCCCACCAUCAUCUGACACGCCUCCCCCCCGCCGCACGCCCCUUCCCUGUCCCCUCUGUCAGGCGGUGCUGCCCCCUGGCGGCGGCCUCCGGCGCUGCAGCACCCAGACUCCUCGCUCUUCCUCCACUAGUCAGUCACCCCGGAGAGGUUCUGGAAACUUCUGAAUAUUUAUCACAGAACGAACACAAGUAAGCAACACUAUUUUAGAGGGGCAAUAAAAAAAGAAGAGCGUUACAUGGAGAUUUUGGAACCACUACAUAAGUGGUCCCUUUGAGGACCCCCCCCCACCUCUCGAAAAGCCACUUUGACUUCUCCUACCCUCGCCACCCCCCCUUAUAAAAUGACUGGCAUUCUUGUUUAGGUCGUAGCUUUGUUCUUCAUUCCGUCUUGGUCCUGGCGGGGCGGGGCGGGGUGUGGCCGGGCGGGGUGUGGCCGGAAGAAUCCGGAAUCUUACCCGCAGGGUCUCAGGGUCGCGAUCGCGGGACGUCGAAGGGGGAUCGGCCCCGCCCUCGCGAAACGCCCGGCGCUGGGUCCAGCGUGAUCGCGGGAGGAGAGGACCGCCCUGGGGGGGCGUGGCCGGUUCGGCUGGGGGCGGGGUCGCUGGGGGCGGAGUCGCCGGGGCGGGGAGGUCGGGCGUCCGUCUGCAGGAAUGUCUGCGACGGACGGCGUGCCAUCGAAUCGGGGGCCCCGAUUCAAACUGCGAGUUGCCCCGCCCUCCCCCCCCCCCCUCUUACUUUCACAGUGCACCCACCUGUGUUUACGCCUGAAUCAGCACCGCACCCGCAGGAGCACGGGGCGGGGCUCGGGGGGGUCAGUAGGGGGUCAGUAGGGGGUUGGGGGGUAUUUUUGGUCGUGUGAAUAGUGUCACAAGUAGCAAGUAGAGCUGAGGUGCUGUUUUAAGAGAGGCGUCCUGGGAAGACCCGCACCGGACCAUUCCCGGACCGAGUUCUGUGUCCACACGUCUUCUCCCUCGUUCUCUCCCUCGUUUACUCACCGUCUCCCUCUGGCUCCUGUUUCCUUCCUUUCCUCCCCCCCCCCCCCCGUGCAUUCUGUUUAUCAUCAGUUAUCAGUCCGUUUUCUCCACUCAGUCCCUGUAUUUGCAUCCAUUAACUUAUCAUGUUUUUUUUUUCUCCUUUGUGCUGUUUGAAGCUCUUUUUUAAAGGCAUGUAAAAAGUAUCUUGAUGUAAAACCCUUUAGGGAAAAAAAGAGAAAUAUUAGGCAUUUCUUUGUUAAAAAAAAAAAAAAAAGAAAGAAAAAAAGUGUGAAUGCAUGACAGACACUUUCUUUUGUGAUGAAAACAAGAUUGUUCAUUGUGUUGGGAAUUCAAUCUUUCACCCUUUACUGGACCAAUGGAUGAAGUUCAGGUUCCAUACCGUGCCAUGUAAAAAAAAAAAAAAAAAGAAAAUAA